GAAGCUUGGGCCUGAUCGCAUCUCCGGUGAUCUCUCCGGCGAUCGGACAGGAGGGAAGUCAUUCCCACCUUUUACUUGUUGUUUUCCAGUGUAGAUCGCUCCGAUCUACAUUUCUUUGAGCAUUUACUGUUUUCUUGCAUACAUCUCAAUUACUGGUAGUUGUUCUUGUUGAUGAAUGAGAUUAUCUCCUCAUUUGGAUUGAGAUCUUGGUGAUUGUUGUUUGAUCUUCUGUUUGUGUUCAAUUAAUGAAUGAAUUGAAUUGAAACUGCAAUUAGAUAGUAGAUCUAUUGUUGAUUGGAUACUUUGAGAAGUAUUAGUGAAUUGAAGACUGGAAAUUGUCAUCAUAUUGGCAAAUUGAGUGGUGAUUGAAUUAAUUCAUUACACACUCACAGUAAGCUUUUGCCUUGUUUUGUAGGUGAAUUGAAUGCACUCAAGGUGUUUGUUUGAAUGCUUGCAAUGAACAGUGAUUCCUCUUUCUCUGUUUUGCAGGUUCGCUUGUUAAGCUCAUAGCAGGAUUAGCUGCCGGUGUGCUUGUUAUUGUUAUGAUAUUGGGGUUUACAUUCUUCUUCAUUUCUAGAAAAGCAAAGAGGAGAAGAGAAUUGAGAAUGAAAGUUGAGAUGUUUCUGGCCUCAUACAAGACAACAAAGCCGGCUCGAUACACUUAUGCUGGUAUUAAGAAGAUCACGAAACGGUUCAAGUAUAAAUUGGGGGAAGGAGGUUUUGGAAGUGUCUACAAAGGAGGGCUACCGAAUGGAAUUCCUGUGGCAGUGAAGAUGCUUGAGGGAUCUAAAAGUGAGGGAGAUGAUUUUAUAAAUGAAGUUGGCACCAUUGGAAUGAUUCCCCAUAUCAAUAUUGUGCGUCUUCUUGGCUUUUGCUCUGAAGGGACAAGGCGUGCUCUUGUUUAUGAGUUUAUGCCGAAUGAGUCUUUAGAGAAGUACAUUUUCUCGAGAGAUGCCAAUGGAAAUCGUCUGUUUGGAAUGGAUAAAUUGCUUGGUAUUGCAAUUGGGAUAGCGCGGGGGGUUGAGUAUUUGCACCAAGGAUGUGAUCAGCGCAUUCUCCAUUUCGACAUCAAGCCUCACAAUAUUUUGCUGGAUUAUGAUUUCAAUCCGAAGAUUUCUGAUUUUGGUCUCGCAAAGUUAUGUUCAAGAGACCAGAGCAUUGUAACUAUGACUGCAAUAAGGGGCACCAUGGGCUACAUUGCGCCGGAUAUCUACUCCAGGAACUUUGGAACAGUGUCUUACAAAUCAGAUGUUUACAGCUUCGGAAUGCUGCUACUUGAAAUGGUUGGUGGAAGGAAGAACAUCGACCCUUUGGUUGAUAAUCAGAGUGCAAUUUAUCUCCCUGAAUGGGUUUAUGAGCAGCUGAUUGGUGGUCAUAGUUUUCAAGUAGCAAUAGAGAUGAUGAACAAUGAAGAAGAGAUUGUGAGGAAGCUUGUGAUUGUGGCAUUGUGGUGCAUACAAUGGAGUCCAAAUGAUAGGCCUACAAUGACAAGAGUUGUGCAGAUGCUUAUUGGGAGUUUGGAGAACUUGGAGAUACCCCCAAGACCUUUUGUUUCAUCUUCUGAUCAAGAUGAAGAUGAUACUUCUUUCAAGGGACUAUGAUUUUAAGGAUGUAUUUUGCUUGCUUUUAGCUUUCUUUAUAGAAUAAUUUUUUGAAGAUUUAUUUGAAUGAGCUUUUCAUCUGAGCCACAAACAAUACAACCAACACUAAUCAAU